UGUCUAUAUGUGAUGCACAGAAAAACUUCCCACUAAAAAAAAAGCAUUUAUAAGACAUACCAUUUUCUGUUUUGUGUCUCUUUCUCUUUUUCUUUUAUCAUCAUGGGUUCUAUUCAACUUCCUCUUAACGAAAAACAAGACUAUCAAGAACAAACAACUGGUUGUUUUCCUAAUUUCUUAAAUUGCCUUACUUCCUCGAGUCAAACUGCCACUCAAACUUCAAAUGGCAAGUUUGUUUACAAACCUAUCAAUCCCAUGUCCGAGUUGCCUCCUUAUAAGGAUAUUGUACAAGUAAGUAUAUUCCAGCGGUACUUAUUAUACUUAUACUAUGUAGUCCAUGGAAAAGCUAGACAUCAAGUGUGAUGAAGAGAUCACCAAAGUGAUCAAUAAAGAGAUCGAGUCUGUGAGUGCUGAGCUUCGUAAAAUCAGUUUGGAUCUUCAUGAACAUCCAGAAACAGGCAUGCGUGAAUAUCAUGCUCAUGAUGUCUUGACUGCCUUUUUGGAAAAGAAGGGCUUUACUGUCACUCGUCAUGCUUAUGGCAUAAAAACUGCCUUCACUGCUGAAUACAGCCGUGGUUCUGGUAGACGAGUUGGUAUCUGUUCUGAAUAUGAUGGUCUUCCAGGUCUUGGUCAAGGUUGUGGUCAUAACUUAAUUGCUAUCAGUGGCCUUGCUUCUGCUAUUGGUAUCCAGGCUGCUUUGAAAAGUGGAAAGGCUUCUGGUAAAGUCGUUCUUUUUGGUACUCCUGCAGAAGAAUUGUCUAUUGGUAAGAUUCUUCUUUGCAGCAAAGGUGCUUUCCAAGAAAGCGUUGAUGUUUGUAUGAUGUUGCAUCCUACUGCUUAUGAUCAUCAAUAUGCUUCUUUUAUUGCUAUCAACGAUGUCAAGGUUGAAUUCUUUGGUAAAUCUAGUCAUGCUGCAGGUGCUCCAUGGAAGGGUGUGAAUGCUUUGGAUGCUCUUGUUCAAGUUUGGAACAACAUCAGUAUGAUGCGUCAACAACUCUUGCCUACUGACAGAGUUCAUGGUAUUGUCACUGACGGUGGUGCUGCUCCCAACGUUAUUCCUGACCAUACUUCUGCCUUCUUCUUUGUCCGUACAACAAGAAUCAACCAAAUUGAACGUGUCAUGAAGAAACUAGAAGAUUGUUUUGAAGCUGCUGCUAUUGCUACAGGCUGUCAGGUCAAAUACACAUGGCGUGAAAUUGGUGCAACAAAAGAUGUUGUUCAAAACAAGCCUUUAUCAGAUCAUUAUGCCUAUCAUAUGGAAAAAUAUGGCAUCAAAUUCCCCUCUGAAGAAGAACAAGCCCGUGCUGGUGGUGGCUCAACUGAUAUGGGUAAUGUCAGUUAUGAAUUACCCUGUAUUCACCCUGCUUAUGGUAUUCAUACUGAUGCUUCUAACCAUACUGUUGAAUUCACCCAAGCUGCCAAGACAGAAGUUGCACAUAAAGAUACUAUCCGUGCUUCCAAAUGUCUUGCUGCUACUGGUGUUGAAGUGUUGAUUAACGAUAGUUAUUUUGAAUCUGUUCAACGCAACUUUAGGGAUAACCUUUCCAAAUAAGAAUAAACUCAAUACGCUCCUUACCCAAUAGGGGCUUCCCGGGGUUAUUGUUUAUCAGUAGUAAAUUUUAUUGGUAAAAGACUAUCUUAAAAAGGAACGAGAAACAAAAAAAAA